AAAUCCACCCCUGUACAGAAUUGACAUUAUGAUAAAUACAUAUUAUUACAUAUUUGUAUUUACCAUUUUAGUCCAUCUGAAUAUAGUCUUUAAUAAAGGUCAAAUAUAUUAUAGAUAUGAGAGGAAAAAGAGUGUGACAUAUUCGACAUAGUAUAAAGAAUUUUAUUUUUUUUAUUUUAUAGUAAUAUGAGAUUGUUUUCUGGGUCAUCACACCAACUAUUUUUGCCGUUCAUACCCAUGCAAAUCUAAGUGGAAAAAGUGCAUGAGAAUUGUUUUCCCUUCAGUUAACAGCUACUGCUGAGUUGCACAGGAGUCAGGCACUUAAUGAUGCACUGCACUGCUGGGGGUUGCACAGAGCCACUCCCAGCUGGUAGUGUGUUAUUAUCAGAUUGUGGUGAAGGGUGUUGCACACAUGCAUGCCUAGAUAAACGAGUGCUUAAAGAGCCCAAUCAACUGUUGUAAAAAGCACCAUAUUUUAUUUCAAUAGUAUCAUUACUUUGAUGAUGUUACGUAUUACAUCCUUGGUUCUGUUUCCAAGCUUUGGAAAAGGAGUUUAUGUUCAAAAAUAUUGUUCGAACUGAUUUAGAUUAUAGGAGUAAAUUUAUGAAAGUGUUUUUUUCUUUGAUGUAAUGUCAAGAUGUGACAGAUUUAAAGCCUCUUGAAAAUCCUGAUGUUUCCCAUGUGGGCAGUAGGAGCCAUUGUUGUGGUGGUCCUGGUUUUGGUGGCAUGUUGCAUCUUCUGUCUUUUCAAAAAAUGCUUUGUGAAAACGAAAAAGCCAAAGAAAGUGAGGGAGAGGAAGACAGGUCGCCGCAGAAAGGAAAAGGAAGGUGAAGGAGAGGCUGGAGAGAAAGAGGGGGAGGUGAAGAAGGAGGGGGAGGAAGAGGAGAAAGAACAGGAAAAGUUGGGUAAACUGGAGUUCUCGUUGGACUACAGCUUCACAGAUUCCCAGCUUAUAGUGGGUAUCCUCCAGGCUCAGGACCUUGCUGCUAUGGACAUGGGGGGAACCUCAGACCCCUAUGUCAAAGUCUUUUUGUUGCCAGACAAAAAGAAGAAGUAUGAGACCAAAGUUCAACGCAAGAAUUUAUGCCCUGUUUUCAACGAGACUUUCAUCUUCAAGAUCCCGUAUGCAGAGUUGGGCGGAAAGACUUUGGUGCUGCAAGUUUUUGACUUUGAUCGUUUCUCCAAGCACGAUAUGAUUGGUGAGAUAAAAAUUCCGAUGAACAGUGUUGACUUGGGCCAGCCAAUGCAACAAUGGAGAGAUUUGGAGAGUGGUGAGAAGGAGGAGCAAGAAAAACUGGGCGAUAUUUGCAUUUCUUUACGGUAUGUACCCACUGCUGGAAAACUGACAGUGAACAUCAUGGAGGCAAAGAAUCUGAAGAAAAUGGAUGUUGGUGGCUUAUCGGAUCCGUAUGUGAAGAUUGUUCUGCAGCAAAAUGGGAAACGGAUUAAGAAGAAAAAGACGACAGUCAAGAAAAACACGCUCAAUCCUUACUUUAAUGAGAGUUUCAGCUUCGAUGUCCCCUUUGAGCAGAUACAGAAAGUGCAGGUCGUCAUCACAGUGUUUGACUAUGAUAAACUUGGGAGCAAUGACCCCAUUGGAAAGACCUUCAUGGGUUAUGGUGCUACAGGAGUUGGCCUGCGCCACUGGUCAGAUAUGCUUGCAAAUCCCAGGCGUCCAGUAGCCCAGUGGCACACUCUCCUGCCAGAAGAAGAAGUCGAUGCGGCAGUCAAAGCAAAACCUCGUUAGAGUCGCACCUUGUUUGAGUAUCAAAUACUGCUGAUAUGUUACUUAUUGUUAAUCCUGAUGUUUCCUCAAUUUGCAUGUUCUGUUUUCCAUUUUGUUUCUUUUAAGACAGUUUAAUGUGUGUGUGUGUGUGUGUGUGUGUGUGUGUCUGUAAAUGUGCAUCUUUUGUGUAUUUGUGCUCACGCAUGGGCCUAGUAAAAUUUGGAUCCGUGAGGAAGAAUUACACUGGACCUUUUUGCUCUUUUUGAAGUGCUGUGGUGCAACAGAGUCCUGAAACAUGCUUGUUGUAAUGCUCUGGAUUUUUUCAAAUGAAAAUAAACCCACAAUGGACAAUUUCA